AUGCUCAGAAAUGUGCCAUUAUGUAUGAGGGCCUGUUCCCGUAGGACAAUUCUGAAGACGUCAAUUGUGCAAUUUGCGAUCGAACCACUUGCUGUUAAAAGAGGCUACCAUAGCAAAGAGUACCUGGAGAGACAAAAACUACUUGAAGAGAUGCAAUCUCCGUAUAGAAUAAUCCGAUGGGGUGCCAUUGCACGCUCUAGAGAGUUCAAGAAGGGUCUCACCAAGUACCUUAUUGGGCUGUAUGCGAUAUUCCUUGCGUUUGGUGUUAAUCGAAUGAACAAAUUGUAUUCUAAAGAACAAGAGAUAGAAGCAUUGAAAGAGAAGAAGUCGAAUGGAGACCUGAACGACUUCGAGACCGUUAAAUUGAAAUCUUUGACUGAACCAACGAAAAUGCGUACGCGGGACAUUACGAAACUGCAGAAGUACCAUGAUCUGAUUGAACAAAACACCGGACGUGAGUUCAAUGGCAACGAAUUUGCGAGCGACAAGUUCGACGAGAUUGCACACAAUCCACACAUCCAGCCUGCAAGGGACACCACCGCCUUCUACGACGAUAAGGCGGAAGAUUACGAUGCAGACGUCAAUUUUGAAGAGAAGAUGAUAUUCAUGGGACGCCGUCGCAAAUGGUUGAUGAGACAUUGCCGUGGCGAUGUGCUGGAAGUGUCCUGUGGCACGGGCCGUAAUAUCAAAUACUUAAAUGCGGAGAAGAUCAAUUCGAUCACGUAUAUCGAUGGGUCCCAGAAGAUGAUUGAAAUUGCACGUAACAAGUUCCACGAAUACUUCCCCAAUUUCAAAAAAGUAGCCUUUGUGUGCGGUAGAGCUGAAGACCUGAACGCACUGAAUAAAGACAAAGGCAGGGAGAUGCUGUAUGACACCAUAGUAGAGACAUUUGGCCUGUGCUCGCACACAGACCCGGUGGAAGCGCUAAACAAUUUCAGUAAAUUACUGAAACCAGGCGGACGCAUCGUGCUGUUGGAGCAUGGGCGUGGUUCAUACGACUUCAUCAACAAGAUACUGGACACCAAAGCAGAAAGACGUCUGCACACAUGGGGAUGCAGGUGGAACCUUGACAUUGGCGAACUGCUGGAUGACUCGGACCUUGAUAUUGUCCUGGAGAAAAGAGUCCACCUAGGGACAACAUGGUGUGUCGUUGCCAAGAAGAAAAACGACACGCCCCACGCAGAAGAAAUAACCUUCGUCGACAAAUACAUUCGAUCAGGUCUGAAAACAAAAGUAGAAGGCAUGGACAAGAAAUAG